GGACGUCAUCCGCUUACUCCUCACUUCCUGUUGUGUAUCCACGUGGGUCUCGUGCUGAUGCUCAUGCCGGCUAACAGUAGUUCUGUAUGGUUGUGUGUGUUGUGUUUGAAAGCUGUGUGUGCGCGCUCCAGAGAUGCAGGUGUCCAGCGUGAAUAACGUGAAGAUCUACAAUCUGAGUCACGGGAAAUCUCUUCCGGAGUGGUUGUCUGAUCGAAAGAAGCGAGAUUUACAGAAGAAGGAUGUUGAUAUCCAGAGGAGGAUCGAGCUCAUCCAGGACUUCGAGAUGCCCACCGUCUGCAGCUCCAUCAGGGUGUCACGAGACGGCCAGUUCAUUCUAGCUGCAGGCACGUACAAACCUCGAGUGCGGUGCUACGACACUUACCAGCUGUCUCUGAAGUUUGAGCGGUGCCUGGACUCCGAAGUGGUGGCGUUUGACAUCCUAUCAGACGACUACUCUAAGCUGGUGUUUCUGCAUAUAGACCGCUAUGUGGAGUUCCACUCUCAGCACGGUCAUUACUACAAGACCCGCAUCCCGAAGUUUGGCCGAGAUUUUUCCUACCACUACCCUUCCUGUGAUCUCUACUUUGUGGGAGCCAGCUCGGAGAUCUUCAGACUGAAUCUCGAGCAAGGCAGAUUCCUGAACUCCAUACAGACAGAUGCUGCAGAAAUGAAUGUGUGUGACAUCAACCCUGUUCAUCACUUGUUUGCCGCGGGGACAUUAGAGGGCCGGGUGGACUGCUGGGACCCUCGGGUCAGGGGUCGAGUGGGAGUUCUGGACUGCGCUCUCAGCAGCAUCACUGACGGCACCGAGGUGGAAGGUCUGCCGUCCAUCAGCGCGCUCCGGUUCAACGGCUCUCUGGGUGUGGCGGUGGGCACCAGCACCGGACAGAUUCUCAUCUAUGAUCUUCGUUCUUCACGUCCUCUGCUAGUGAAGGAUCAUUACUAUGGUCUGCCCAUCAAAUCCCUUCACUUCCACGACCCGCUGGACCUGGUGCUGUCCGCCGACUCCAAAAUCAUCAAGAUGUGGCACAGAGACAGUGGAAGAGUAUUUUCCUCCAUCGAACCGCAGGCCGGCAUCAAUGAUGUGUGUCUCUACCCCGGCUCUGGAAUGCUCUUCACUGCCAAUGAAGCUCCCAAAAUGAGCACCUUUUACAUUCCUGCUCUGGGUCCGGCUCCACGCUGGUGCUCCUUCCUGGAUAACCUCACCGAGGAGCUUGAGGAGAACCCGGAGAGCACCAUCUAUGACGACUACAAGUUUGUCACCCGCAAAGACCUGGAGAACCUGGGUGUGACGCAUCUGAUCGGCUCGCCUCUGCUCAGGGCCUACAUGCACGGCUUCUUCAUGGACAUCCGGCUCUACCACAAGGUAAAGACCAUGGCGAACCCAUUUGCCUAUGAAGAGUACCGUAAGGACAAAAUCCGGCAGAAGAUCGAGGAGUCGAGAGCUCAGAGAGUCCAGCUCAAGAAGCUGCCCAAGGUCAAUAAGGAACUGGCCAUGAAACUCAUGGAGGAAAGUGAGCUGCCAAACAAGAAGAAGAAGAAAAAGGGCAAUGCCGUAGAAAAUCUCCUGAUGGACAACCGUUUCAAGGUGAUGUUCGAGAACCCAGAUUACCAGGUGGAUGAGCGGAGCGAGGAGUUCCGGCUGCUGAACCCCAUCGUGUCUAAAGUGGGCGAACAGAGGAGGAAGAAACUCAGCCAGCUUGUUCAGAAAGAGGAACAGCAGGAUGGGGAGGAGGAGGAGGAGGAGGUGGAAGGCCGUGGCAGCUCAGAGGAAGAGGAGAGCUCUGAUGAUGACGAUAAGAGUUGGGUGGAGGAAGUGAGGGAGCAGCGUCGUCUCUUACGGAUGGAGGAGCGAGAGCGCAGCUUUAACCAGAGGAAAGAGAGGAGGCGACAGGACCGCGACACCAGCUUACAGAGUUCUGAUCCCGUCAGAAACCUCCAGCAGGAGCAUCAGAACCAGCCCCAAUUCUACCAGAUCAAAGCAGGAGAGGAGUUCCGCAGCUUCAGCGACGUUUCCCACAAGAAAAAGAUGCAGAAGACGUCUCUGGAGGAGCGGCUCCAGCGGGAGGAGAGGUCAGGGAUGCUGAACCUCAGUGACACGGCAGUGGGAAGCAAACAGCUCACUUUCACUCUCAAGAAGACGGAAAAGCAGCGAUUCCAACAGCAGGCUGAACGGGACCAUCACGAGGAGAGGAGGAAGAUCAGACGGGCGGCUGGACACUUGCAUUCUCACAGGGGAGGAAGAGGAAGAGGCGGAGGAAGAGGCGGUGGGAGAGGAAGAGGAGGUGGGAGAGGAAGAGGAAGGAGACCCUUUUAAACUCAGGACUGAUUGUGGUCACUAGAUGUUGACAUACAGGACUUCUAAUACUGCCUUAAUGUGUCUGAUCAGACAUCUGCAGGAAUUACUGUUGUGAUCGAGAGACAGAUGCCGUCACUGACUCGCAUUAGGAUACGGUCUGUGUUUGUGUGUCACACCUCUCAUUUUCCACAACAUCUGUCUAAACAGAACCUUGUUUUGUGAAGAACCAUAAAACAUUUUUAUCAACA